AUGGCAUCAAAAAAGCUUACCUGCAAUGAAGUAGUGGGUCUUAUAUUCGCUGACAAUGAUUCUGAAGGGGAAUAUCUGCCUUCAGAAGAUGCUGGUGAUUCAUUUAGUGACCACGAUUCAGACACGCCCCUGCUUUGCAAUCGUGCAACUGGACAAAGUGAAAGUGUAGCUAUACACCAAGCACAAAUGAUGAAUCCUUUGCCCAAUGUCAGUGGUGGGAAUGUUACAUGGGGUCGGAUAAUUCAUCGGGUUAGCAGGCGUGUUACAGGUGUGGGGAAUGAGGCUGGAGACCCCUGCAACAACUACACUGUGCUGAACAAUUCAAGAAGAUCCACCAACUAUUAUUCUACCUCCUAUAUGUGUGACACCUCUGUCACCUGGGUCGGCUGGUAUCGGCUUUACCUUAAUGGCCGUAGCACUCAAAUGCCAGAAACAUGUGUUGCAGUGAAUAGAUGUGAUGACCUCAUUGCUGACCCAUGCUACAACUGCACUGUACUGGACAACGUUUGGAGAGCCACAAACUAUACUCCCUCCUCCUACAUGUGUGACACAUCUGUCAACUGGGUCGGCUGGUAUCGGCUUUACCUUAAUGGCCAGAGCACUCGAAUGCCAGAAAAAUGUGUUGAAAAAAAUAAGUGUGGUACUCAACUCCCACUGUGGCUAAGUGGUGGACAUCCAAAACCUGAGGAUGGAGUGGUCGUCAGAGAUGAAACGUUAUGUGUAAAGAAUCUCCUUGACCAGAUAGAGAAUAUUACAGUUCUUCCUUUAAAGGAUGUGACCAUACUUUUGGACAUGGUCUUGAGCGUUACAGAGAAGAUAAAUUCUAGUGACCCGAAGAAACAAGCUUCAGAUGUGUUAAAAGUCAGUGAGAAGCUUGUGUCAAUGUUGGUGAAGCCAACAAACACCUAUGACAAUGUCAGUUUCACUAGUGAUACUUUAGAGGCACAAGUCUUCAUGGUUGGACCGCAGGCCAACUUAAAUAAAAUCCCUCAUCUCAACACAACAAAUGCUUCAAUAGACAUUGAUCUCAUUGGGAUCGCCAAGAACAAUCUUCAUACAACAGCUGUCGAUUUUAUUAGCUACAACACAAUGGAGGACCUACUGAAACCAAACUUCUUCAACAAAUCAGAUGACACAGUUAAAACCAUGAUGUCCACUAUCAUCUCAGCUACUCUUCCUAAAACCAACAACACAACUCUCACCAAACCUGUCAACUUCACCCUCAAACACAUCAGAGAGUUUGUAUCUGGAGGAAAUCUUUCCUGUGUGUACUGGAACAUCAGUGAGUGGAUUGUAGAUGGUUGUUCUAUUGUACAGACAAACAGCAACUACACUGUGUGUUCAUGUCUUCAUCUGUCAACAUUCGCUCUCAUCAUGGAAACCAGCAGCAGCCCAUUAGAGUUGGUGAAUUUGGUGUUUGUGAUCGUGGGUCUGGUGUUUACUAGUUUGGCUCUGUUGACUUUUGCUUUCUGUCGAUGGAAACCUGGAGUGAACAAUGUAGCUCGAAUCAACCUCUGCAUCAGUCUGCUGUCUGCUCAUCUUCUAUUCUUACUCUCACAACAAUUCCUGACUUUCAUAAAACCUCAUGAGGAGUUGUGUGCAGUGAUAUCAGGAGCUCUUCACUUCUUCUUUCUCUCCUGUUUUGUGUGGAUGUUCAUUGAAGCUGUGCUGCUUUUCAUCUUUGUGAAGAACCUAUCACAGAUCAGCUCUAAACAGAGGGUGAUGCUUAGCAGCGGAUUCUUGAUUGUGAUUGGAUAUGUGAUUGCUUUUGUUAUAGUGGGCGUGUCUGUUGGACUGGUUCCUGAAGGCUACGGCAGUGAACAAUGCUGGAUUAAACAGGAGAAAGGCUUCAUCUGGAGUUUUCUGGGACCUGUUUGCUUCAUUCUUGCAAUAAAUACUAUUCUCUUCAUCAGUAUCAUCAUCAAUCUGAACUCAACUCUCAAAAAGCUGAACGCAGAAGUUUCACAGAUGAAACAAACCAAGAUUAUGGUUUUUAAAACUCUGGCCCAGUUUGUGAUUCUUGGUUGUCCCUGGAUUCUGGGUUUCUUCAUUAAUAACAAUCAGAUGAUGCAGAUUCUCUUUCUGAUCCUGAACUCACAGCAAGGAACCUUCAUCUUUUUGGUCUACUGUGUUUUUAGUGAUGAGGUCAGACAGCAGUAUGUGAAGUGGAUGACAGCUCUCCUCCCUUAA